AUGGGCGUCCCCAGAGCCAUCCUGCUCUGCCUCCUUGGGGCUGCGUUCUGCCUGACAGAGUCCCAAGCCCAGCAAUGCUACAGCUUUCAACACACCUACUUCGGGCCCUUUGACCUCAGCGUCAUGAAGUUCCACAACAUCUCCUGUCCCCACGGGUGCUCUGAGGCUGUCUUGUCCCUGGACACUGGGUACCGUGCCACGGUGACCAUGGUACAGAAGGGCUGCUGGACAGGCCCGCCUACGGGCCAGAUGCUGUCCGACGAUCACGCGCUGCCGCCUGACUACUCGGUGGUGCGCGGCUGCAUGACCAACUUUUGCAACACCAACCUCAUGACCCACGACGCCAUCCCCAAUCUGAGCCCGGCACCCAACCCACCAACUCUCAGCGGCAUGGAGUGCUACGCCUGCUUGGGAAUCCACCCGGAGGACUGCACCCCCGAAAAGUCCCGACGGGUCCAGUGUCACCAGGACCAAAGCGUCUGCUUCCAGGGCAAUGGCCAAAUGACCGUCGGCAAUUUCUCAGUCCCUGUGUACAUCAGAACCUGCCACCGGCCCUCCUGCACCGUCAAGGGCACCUCCAGCCCCUGGACAAACAUUGACCUCCAGGGCUCCUGCUGCGAGGGGCAGCUCUGCAACAGGGACUCUGUGACCCAGCCCUUCACCGCCACCUCGGCCGCCGCCACCCCUUCCCAGGCGCCCCACCGCGGGGCCCUGCUCCUCAUGGUCCCCCUGCUGGCUGGCGCCCUGGGAGGCCCCCUCGUGCCCUCCUCUUAGAAGCCCCCCCAGCCUCGUCAGGAGCAGGAUGCUGGAGCAGGCACGGGCCCACUACUCAGCCCACUUCAGCCUCCUUAACGUGGCUCACGGGGAAAUGAUGUCAAACAACAGUUUGCCCUCCGGUCCCUCUCCCUCCCUCCCUUCCCUACCCCUACCCUGCCCUUAUCUGAUCAGCAGGCCUGGAAGAAUUUGGGAAAGGUCCCCACCACCCCAGGGUGGGGAGAAACAACCACAUCCUGGCCCAUAUGAAGAGCAAUCCUAAGAAUAGCCAUUACUGGGCACCAGUCAGGCCCCAGCACCCCAUCACCUUCUUUCCUGUCCUUUCCCUGGGGAGCCAGCUUGGAGCUACGACAAUGUCUUUAUUAGUGUCGCUGUGAGAAGUUCAAGGGGCAGCACGUCCUAGAAGCUAGGAGCCCAAACUCUGGAGCUCCUAACUCCAGAGCUGUGGAGCUAGCUCUACCCUUUAGCCUGUAGGUGACCUUGGGCUAGUUACUUGACUUCUCUGCGCCUUCCUCACCUAUAAG